AAUGGGAGCUAAUAACCUGAAGGAGACAGAGGAAGACUCUCUAGCUAAAUAUGAUGACACUAAAAACUCCUCUUGUUUUUACUUUCCUGUUACUCUAAGUUUAUAGUUGACUGGUAUCUCUCUGUAUGGAAGUUACUUUAUUAAAUCUAGUAGCAGAAAAGAAUCUGUAGCUAAAAUCAGUGUAUCUGCAUCAAAAGUUAAUCAUAUUACCAGGACUAACAAAGUCAAGCUGAUUCCUGUGCAUGCACAGGGUGAAAUUCACUCCAAGAGAGCUUGAGCAAGGCUCUAAGCAUCAAUUAAGCCCUACAUUAAGACAAUUGAGAUACUAAAGCAGUCCGCACCUAAUUAGAGUGAUUUUGAUUGAAAUCCUUUACAUGUAACACAACUUCUCUCCUCAAUAGCAAGGAUCUCAUUUCAGCAAGGUACUUAACCACAAGCCUAGCUCCAACAUGUGUAGCCCUAUUGAAAUAUUACUGUUUGCUGAAUGGGUGUCUAAAUUUGCUAAAUAGUUCUAGGCUUUAAAAUACUGCUGAAGUUUAUAUUUUUCCUGCUAUUGGAAAUGUAGUAGAUUAUUUUGUCUUCCCUUUACCGUGGGAACAAUGCUAACAUAUUUAAGAGAUGGUUGGGAACAAACUGCUGAUCUUUAUGGAUUCCCAGAGAUGGAAUUUGACUAGUCCAGUUUGCUGCUGUGUGAGAACCUGCAUGAAGUUGUUUCUGUAUAAGUUGGCAGCCUCUCCAGAACUGAAUGCCAGACAGAUUUCGGACCAGAUCCUACUUCCAAGGCUUCGUAGGUGACUACAUCAUGGCUACAGGGCCAACAGAUGUCAUACAGCCACCAGAGGCCGGGGAGACAACUGAGGAAUGUGCAGGAAAGAAAAAAUCCAAAUUUCAGACUUUCAAGAACUUUUUUGCUAAGAAGAAAAGGAAAGAAUCUCCAGCUCCCAGGGGGGAGUGUAAUUUAAAACCAAGCCAGUCCAGCAGCGAUGUCAGCAUCCCUGCGCUCGAUACUAUUGCUCUUCAUUCACCAACUGAGCCUGGAUCCAAAGGAAGCAUGGGAAACAAAGCCUUGUCACAUGACAGUGUCUUUAUUUUUGAAUCUGCGCCAGAAAACCCAGCUGGUGAAAUGUCCUCUCAGGAAAACGUACCUGGGAAAGUGAAAACAUUACAGCUGCAGUUACAACAGAACAUCAGACUUGGGUCUUCUCCUCGUGUUGUAACUGGUAGGAAAUUGGAAGAUACAGGUGCUCUUUCAGAAGAUGAUGGAUUACCUAAAAGCCCUCCAGAAAUCUCCACUCUUCAUGAAGUUCUAACAUGUUCACCAAGAAAGUCCUCCAACCCUGUUCAGCGCCAUAGCUCUUUGAGUUUAGGUGGGACAGACAGUGAAGAUGAACAGGUACCCUCUGAUGCUUCCUCUAGACCUGUCAGCCCUUUGUCCUCUGUGGCGCUUGUGAUUCCAGCGACACAAGCCAGCAGCUUGCUUCCCGUUGACUUCAACACCCCUGCCAGUCCCAUGGGCUGCCUAGAUACCUCGGCAGCUAGGCACAGGAUAGCAAUAAACCCGCGGAAACAGAGAGUUUUUACCAGUAAGAACCAGCAAACCCCUCUGGAACAACUGGAAAAGGAGCAGAGUUUUCCUGUAACUGCAGAAAAGAAAAGUACAACAAAAUUGCUUGAUGGUGACCAGUAUGAAAAUCGGGCAGGUUCAUUGGUCUGGGAGGAGAAUAAUGGAAAAGGAAGUGGUGCUCAGGAGACACGGGCCAUAACAAAGAUUGACAAUUCCACAAGUGACCCUUGGAAUUCUGUAUCCCCUGCAGACAUAGUUUGUACUUUGCUAGAAGAGGAUGCAUGCCCUAUAGAAACAGAUCAUCAAUCUGUGUCCUUUCCAAAUGUGCAGUUUUCUCUAGCAAAGUCUGAGGAGGAGAACAAGGCAGAGGAAGUAUUGGUACCUUACUGCUCUGUUGAAUCUAUUGGUGAAUUCGAACUACUUCUGCAAAAUACAUAUGAAGUAAUUGAACUUUCUGAAUCUCUACAGACUGAACCGGAAGCAAUUGUAUUUCAGGACACAUUAGCAUCUGACUUGUAUGGCAUUUCCAUGGAAAAGGAGGACAUAAAUAGUUUGGCAGAUGCCACAAAGAUAUCCUUAAAACAACCUGUAGACCAAAGUGACAAAGAGCCUGGAGACAGUGGUAUGGCACUUAUAGGAAAAGUGGAAGAUCAGCCUUGUACCAGUGAGAACAAUUUCAUCUGGCCUGAUUCAGAUCCUGCACUGUGUGUUUCACAGGUUCUUUUAGCCACUUCGGAGACUUCCUCUGAAGUAGAGUGGAUGGCUGUUUCAGUGCCGGAAAAUACCCCAGCAGCAAAAGAUGAUAAAGAAAUGUGCAAAUUUACAGAACUUCAGCCAUCCAAAGACCAUGUAGAUUCAAAAACAUCCCUACAAAAAGACUCGGUUGUGUCUGUGUCAAAUAUAGAUUGCAUGCUGCCUCGGAGUAAAGUGAACAAGGAGCUACAUUUUAAACCAGAAAUGCAUGGUCCUGUUUCAAAGGCUAGCCAAAGCAAUCAGGAGACAGAUGCAUCCAACAACUUGGAAAAACAUUCCAUCGGAUGCCUUGCCUCCUCCAGUUUGGCUGGCUUCAAGAGUUGUAUCCCUCUUAGUGGUUCUAAGCAGAACCAGUUAGGUGGUGUAACUUCUCAAGAGAAAACAAGGAAAGAGAGCAAAUCUCCAGAGGAAAAUGUAAAGACCCCACUGAAAUCUGCUGCUACAAAACCAGUUAGAUUUACUAUUGCUCCUGCCUGGCAAAGAUCUCUGUCUGGGGGUUCAAAUUCCAAGGAAGAUUCCUGUGCUAGAAGCUCCCCGUCCUCUCCCAUAAGAUCAGAGUUGUUUGAAGGAACAGCUCACUCCGAUGCCACCAGGCAAGAGUCUACAAAAAACAACCCUGAAGGUUUUGAGAGGGAAAACGAGAGCAACAAGCCCAGUUUGAAUUCUUCCAUGCAGGGGGCUGAGCAUGAAACACAGAAUGCUGAAAACCCAUUUGGGAUCAGACUGAGAAGAACAUCCUCUUUGCUAAAAUACCACAGUGAAUCUCCAAAGCAGAUUCCAUUAGCUGUUCACACCACCUUUUCUGGCUCUGUCAAGGAGGAUCAAAAAUCAGCAGGCGCUGGGAGGACACCUCACGGCCUUCCAGGCAACCAAAAAGCUUUAGCUAAAAAAUCUGCUGUCAUGGAAGAGAAAAAUGCCCCCAAAACAAAACCUGAAGAAGUCUCAAAGAAGCAACACUCUAACAAACUUUCAGAAAAAGUCCCUAGUCCGCAUUUGGAAACUGUUACCUCUGAACCAGCUUGGGUCUCCAUGGCAAAACUAAAGCAGAAAGGUUUCCAGGGUCAUCCUCUUGCCAAAGGACAUAAAAGGGAGGACAAAACUUUGACCAAAAUGGAUCAAGAGGAGCGAGUGACCUGUGCUAGUGAGAAUUUAUUGGAGAAGAACGUAACUCCCAGCCUGUGUGUUCAGGAGAAGAAAUCCCAAAUGAAGAUCACUAUGUCUGCUGCAGCAGUUACACUUGGACCUAUGGCUCAGGAGGCGUCUGUGGUUCCCACCACUGAAAAGGAAACGAGACAAUCCUGUGAUCUGCCAAUGACCCCGUGCAACUCUGUUGAACCACCCUGGCUGUCCCUGGCCAAGAAAAAAGCCAAAGCUUGGAGAGAGAUGCCUCAGAUUGUUCAAUAGCAAAUGACAAGAGUGUCCUCCUCUGUAUUGCCAAUAACUGUAUUAACUCCAUAUAGUAACGUCUUCGCUGGGACCAUUUUUGGGGGGAUGAGAUAAAAGCCUUAGAACGUUCAUCACAGACUGUAGCUGUGAAUGUGUGAAGAAGAAAUGCCAUUGACGGAUUAACCUGCAGUAACCACCAGCAUUAGGAAACUGAGCAUUUUCCACGACAAAACACUAUGAAAUUCCAGUUGACCAAUUCAUACUGAUUACACAUUUGACUAAAAGACAGUGAUGCUCUAAGAGGAGGUGCUUCAUGCCUUUGAAGCAUUUCCUUUCUAAAAGGGGAGGUUAAAGUACCCUGCACGCAAUACAGUAUUCUGCAUGAUUUCACUUUGAGCAUUGAAUUUGUUUGGUGUCACAAAAUGGUUUUAGAACUCUGCACUGGAGCAUCCAGACUGGCUGCCGCUGAUGUAGUAGCAUUUGUCUCUAGGGCAGGUCUGACUGUGCUUCUGAUUCGUAAUGUAUCUGUUUCAUAAAUGAAAUAAGUCACAAGCAGGAAUGCAGAUUUAGGGGAUUCUUAUUUCUUAGGUGGUUAGAGUCACUCUGCCUUGGGCCUCAUGCCUUAUAUUAUACCACCUACUGGACAGGCCCAGAACUGUACUGCCUUUGUGUUCUAUUGUAAUGUAUUUUAAAAAAUCAAUACCUUCUAAGGACUAGAUUCUGCUCAGUUACCUCUGUAAAUCUGGAAUAACUCCACUGACCUUAACAUAGUUUGGAGAUGCUGAAUUUGGUCCUUAUACCUAAUCUGAAAUCUUUAUUUAAUUUCUAGCAUAGAGCAAUUUCUCUUCCUAAGCCUCUUUAGUGAAAUGUCCAGGCUAAAGGCAGAGGUGGGGAAGGUUUGACCCACUCUUGUUUUCUGUGUAGAAGGAUGCCUGUUUGCCACAAACAGCAUCCCACUGUCCAUAUUCACGGCACUAUGGUUUUUAGACUAUUUCCUUUACAGCUUAGAGGGG